UUCCUCAUCACAACCACAAUUCCACAAAUCACACCUCUCUCUCUCUCUCUCUCUCUCUCUCUCUCUCUCUCUCUAGAAUGGACAACUUUGCUCCAGUUUUCCCCUACAACUCAUCGUCUUCGACCUCACCAACCGCGGUUUCUUCGCAUCUUUCACUCAACUUAAUGACAGACUACUCAGAUCACAACAGUAGUUAUGAUCAGUUAGAGGAUGAUCAUGAUCAGAAUCUUGGUUUUGUCGGGAAAAACGUUAAUUGUAGCUCCGAAGAAGUCGGGUUGGAUCAUGUUUCUUCGGCUACUAGUGAGUUGGGUAAUAGUGAAGGGAAUUGUGGUUCUGGAUCUGGAUCCGGGUCGGGUAAGAUCCAUGUUAAGAAAGGUGAUAAGAAGAUUCGAAAACCGAAGUGCGCGUUUCAGACAAGGAGUCAAGUUGAUAUUCUUGAUGAUGGUUAUAGAUGGAGGAAGUAUGGUCAGAAGGCUGUUAAGAAUAACAAGUUUCCCAGAAGCUAUUAUCGGUGUACAUAUCAAGGAUGCAACGUGAAGAAACAGGUUCAAAGGCUAUCUAAGGAUGAGGGAGUCGUAGUUACGACUUAUGAAGGAACACAUUCCCAUCCGAUCGAGAAAUCUACCGAUAACUUUGAGCAUAUUUUGACUCAGAUGCAAAUCUAUUCUUCUUGCUAGCUCAAUUAGGAAAAUAAAUAAAGCCUGAACAGCUAGCUAUUUAGAUGAUCAAUUUCACAAUCCUUUAUUUCUUGUAAUCCUUUGUGUUUAAGUUUCUUAAACUUAAUUAUAUCUUUAUUUAAUAACUAAAAUAUAUCAGUUUAAUUAAUUCGAA